AUGGCGGAGGCCGCCAUCUGCCCAAUUGACGCCCAAUUUUCCGGCGAAAUCUCCACUCUUCUCAGCUCUCCGCCGCUUCCUCAAGUUCAGUUUUCACAGGAAUACUUCGAAGCGCUAGUAUCUGAAAGGCAAUGUUCUGGAAUUAAAGUUAUACCAGAUAGCGAGCAUGGAAAAGGGGUUCACAGUCAGUUUGAUUUUGAAGAAAACGACCUUGUUUUGAAGGAUCGAAUGCUUGUCGGUGCCCAGCAUUCGUCUAAUAAGAUUGAUUGUUUGGUUUGUAGUUUCUGCUUCCAAUUCAUCGGCUCAAUAGAGCUUCAAAUCGGGAGGAAACUGUAUUUGGAAGAACUCGGUGUCUCUCCAUUUAACGAAUGUGGCCCGUCCGAUCAAAUGGAAUGUAGUAGUUCUUCCGAAAAAAUUAAUUUAUCGCAAGAUAUUAUCCAAUCUUUAAUGAAUGGCAGUUUGCAGUUGCCCUAUUCGGAGAAAUUCCGUCUGCCUUCGGCUGUUCCUUGCCCGGGUGGAUGCAAAGAAGCUUAUUAUUGCAGCAAAUCGUGUGCGGAAGCUGACUGGGAUUCGUUCCAUUCAUUACUUUGUAUUGGGCGUGGAUCGAGUGCACUGAAUACAGAAGCGCUUUUGAAAUUCGUAAAGCAUGCUAAUGAAACAAAUGAUAUUUUCAUCGUCGCUGCUAAGGUAAUUUCAUUUACGGUUUUGAGAUACAGAAAGUUGAAACAACAAGGGAAACUUGAUACUUCUAAAUCGAGCAGCAGUUGUAUCUUCCCUUUGCUAUUGGAGGCAUGGAAGCCAGUGUCAAUGGGGUUCAAGAAACGGUGGUGGGACUGCAUUGCUCUGCCAGAAGAUGUCGACUCUUGUGAUGAAUCUGAAUUCAGAAUGCAAAUAAAAGACUUGGCAUUUGAGUCAUUACAGCUCCUGAAAGAAGCCAUCUAUGACUCGGAAUGUGCACCAUUAUUUUCUCUCGACAUAUAUGGUCAUAUUAUUGGCAUGUUUGAGCUGAAUAACCUCGAUUUGGUCGUAGCAUCGCCAGUGGAGGAUUACUUUUUAUAUAUUGACGAUCUUCCGCCCUCCCAAAAGAAAGAAGCUGAAAAGAUAACAAAAUCUUUCCUCGAUGCUCUUGGGGAUGACUACUCGAUUUCUUGCGAAGGUACUGCGUUUUUUCCUCUGCAGAGUUGUAUGAAUCACUCGUGUAUUCCUAAUGCAAAAGCAUUUAAGCGAGAAGAGGACAGAGAUGGUCAAGCUAUUAUAGUUGCUCUACGACCCAUUUUGAAGGGAGAAGAGAUAACUAUAUCGUACAUAGAUGAGGAUCUUACGUACGAGGAGAGGCAGGAAUUACUGGCCGACUAUGGCUUUACAUGCAAAUGCCCCAAAUGUAUAGAAGAAAGGCCGUAACUUGCAAGGCAAGUUAUAUAUACAUCAUGGGACAGUUCUUUUAACUUUCUUACCCGUUAGCGAAACCGGACCUUACCACCAUGAGAUUUUUUGUGUACGAUAAAAUUAUUUCGAAAUGGGUUUUUUCGGCUGAGCUGAGUUAACUAUAGCAUCCACACAGGUUGAAGUUUUUUUAAGAGUUUUGGUUGAACUGUUCCUGCCGAUCUCACUGUCCAUACGAUAUACUAUUAGCACCAAUAUUUAUCUUAGAAGCUCAUUUUGGUGUUUUAAGUU